UUCCGAACCAGACGAAAGUUCAUACGAAAAUCUUGUUUAGCAACUUUGUGUAAAUAUAAUUUAUAAUAAUGGCUUCACCAGAAAUAUUUCCAGAUGAUUUAAAAGUAAUUCCAGAGCAUAUGGAAAUUGACAUAAAUGAAGUUGAGGAAUUACGGGAAAUCGGAAGGGGCACAUUUGGUGUUGUUUGUCGGGGUAUUUGGAGAUCAAAAAUCGUGGCAGUUAAAAAAAUUAACACAUCAGCUGAACAGAAAACCUUCAUGAUUGAGGUUAGGCAGUUGUCACGAGUAUCUCACCCCAACAUUGUAAAGCUGUAUGGAGCUUCAACAAAGAAACCAGUUUGCCUUCUCAUGGAAUUGGCUGAAGCUUCUUUAUAUGAUGUUCUACAGUGUCGCUCAAAAAUAUUUUAUACCUUCCAUCAUGCCAUGAACUGGGCUUUGCAGUGUGCGAGAGGUGUAGCUUACCUCCAUGGCAUGAAACCUUCUCCCAUCAUUCACAGAGAUCUAAAGCCACCAAACCUGCUAUUGAUGAUGGAAGGCCGAGUAUUGAAAAUCUGUGAUUUUGGUACUGCCUGUGACAUGAGAACUCAGAUGACCAAUGGUCAGGGUAGUGCUGCAUGGAUGGCACCUGAAGUUUUUGAAGGCAACCAUUAUACCGAAAAAUGUGAUGUAUUUAGCUGGAGCAUUAUACUGUGGGAGUUAUUAGCUCGUCAAAAACCGUUUUGUCACAUUUCUGACACGGCUUUUACUAUAAUGUGGGCCAUCCAUACAGGGAAACGUCCUCCUCUCAUUAGAGGCUGUCCCGUUCCGCUGGAAAAAGUUAUGAUCAGUUGCUGGAGUAAAGACCCUCACAACAGGCCAUCGAUGGAACAAGUCGUCAAAGAAAUGUCGCACUUGUUUCAAUUUUUCCCUGAUGAAGUCGAACCACUGGAAUACCCUAAUCAGUCAGAUUUGGUUGACGCUGGAGGCUCUAGCUCGGACAUUUAUGGCAGUGAGAAGAGUUUGAGCAACUCUUCUUGCUCUAGCGCAAUUUUAACAUCACUGCCUGUACCUAGAACAGACCAUUACCAUUCACCCCGUCAUCCGGUGGCACACACCAAUCAAGAAGCUGCGGAAAGCUUACUGCCGUCUUUUAAAAAUCUGCUGAGCGAAGAGGAAAACAUGCUACAGCCCGGUCGGUCGUUUGUCACGCCCAGCAGCCUUAAGCUACUUUCACCGAGAAUAAUAGGAGGCACCAGCACUGUUAGCGAGCCUCUGCAUUUAAUCAUUGGCGCAGAAAGUGAUGAAUCAGCCGAAGGCUAUGCCAUACCACCACUGGGAGAGGAUUUCCUACUGGGUGGUCAAGGGAGAGCACAGCCGCCUUACGAGGCACGCAUGGUGAAUGAAAAGCUGGGCAGACCAGGGCCAAUUGAAACUCAUCGUCGACCGCAGCAGUUUCAAUAUCCAUUAAAAAGAAGAUCAGCUGACUUUCCUCAUGUGGAAAUGUGUGUGCCUUCUUCCCCGGUUCCAUCUUUUCCAGUUCUUCAACCAUAUUCAUCUGGCUGGAGCGGGGCAGAAGCCAGACGAGCCGAAGAAUCCGGAAACGUUGGUAGCAGUGGCCAUCGCAGAUCCUCCUCACAUGGAAAUCCUUCCCAGGUAUGGACUGGUGUCACGCAGCAGCAAUCAAUGCCUUGCAUUUCCAACAUGCCCGGUCAAGAACGCAAUCCUCGUCAUAUUGGUGAAAGCAAUUCCGUGACAGGAGAACAGCCGAUCGACGAUAUUUUUUUCAUGUUGCAUCCAUCGCUGCGACCUAUCCCACCAUGUCCCACUAGUCAAGUGUCAAUGAGGGUUUACGAAGAACACCGAAAGAUGGCGAAAGAAUAUCUGGAAGUCCAGAAGGAGCUGCAGUGGAUGACCAAAUAUUGCAACGAACUGGUCGAACAUCUGGAAGAGACCAAAAAACGACAACAAACUGAACAACGGCGAUCUAGUCAACAGCCGCUGGAACAAACGGACUUGCAAAGAUCGGUGGAAGAGUUUGUUCGGCUCGAAAACGAGAAAAAGAGCCUCCUUGAAUUCCAUCGAAAUCUUAAAGAGCAACUAAGCAAGGUGCAUCAAGAGCAGCUACAGAUGCAGCAGCAACAACAAGUUCCACAGCCUGCUGAUAAUUCGAGGUCGUCACCUUUACCUGAUGACGGUUGGGUUGUGCUUUCACGUAUCUAAAAUAAUGGAAUCCAGUUGUUCCUGAACAAUCGCAGUUGUUUUUGUCUUUCAUCUCGUUAUAUGUAUCUCAUCGUACAAACCCUUUCACAUUCAUCUAGAAUUAUAUGUUAAACGCUGCGUCAAGUUCCUCACCCAAGUUGGUAUGGAAUAUCAACCGGGUUUUAUGUUUUCUUUUUUGCAGUUGCCGCCAAAGUUUUUCUUGUGGCCUUAUAAUCUUGGCUUGACAUCGGCCACGCUCUGGCUAGAUUUAGCUUGCAAAAAAGGUGCUGUGUGAUUAUUGCGGCGAGCCGUACACCUCUAGCCUACCGUUCGCAUUCAGACUCGAACUAUAUAUUUUUUUUUUUCAGUCUUACUUUUUAAAUAACUUUUUUUCAUUCUAACUUUUCGCCACCGAGACUGUUGACUAUAAACAAAAUCCAUCUAAGAUAGGUGCCGUUCAGGAAGACAAGGGAGGAACAUAAAUAAACAUGUUCGUUUUUAUCUUUCGAGGAAACGAACUCUAUGUCCAAAAGUUGUCAUGAAUGUCCUCCUGAAAUAGAAUGGAAUUUUUGGAUGCUUGAAUUGUCACACACGAAUUUAAGAGUAAAUCCUUUGCUAAAUGACAACAUUUGAAAGAAAGCCAAAAAAUUUUUUGGGUUGGACAAGUUAAAGGUAUCGUUUUUGUUGGCGUCCCACUUUGGCAGGGCAGUCAGUUGUAAGUUGACGAUUUGAAAAAUUUCUUUUAGUCAAAAAGAUUCUAGACUAAAGUGGUGCAUGUACAUAGAUCGAUAUUUGUCCAUAAAAAUGUUCGUUGUAUUAACGAAGCGGCGAAAAGUUAUGGAAGCAGCAAAAUAAAGUUAUCUCGUAGCCA